CCAGCCAACCAGCCUACCCCCCUACCUACCGUCCUACCUACCUAUCUUGGCUAGUUUGGUGGGUUGUGCUUUUUCUUUUUUUUUUUUCUAGUGCCCGGUUUUUUUUCUAUCAAUUCCUCUGUUGGUUCGGCUUUUUCUCUUUUUCUCUUUUUCCUUCAUUUUUUUUUUCUUGUUUAUUCAUUAACACUAGUCGUGUGUACUUGCAGUCCCGCUUACAGACGGGCUCGGAGGAAACAAACACGUUACAAUUCUCUAAACAAACAACACCAACAUAACAUUAAGAAAGCUCCCCUGAAAAUAGCUUAAUUUAUAUAUAAAAUAAGCGUUUAAUUUAAUAUACGUUUACACCCACCUCUCACCUUCCCUAGCUUGCUAAUUAUGUAAUUUCAAAUAUUAAAUAUAUGUGAUAAUUUCAAAUUAAAUUUAGCUAACAUAGGCAAUCAUCAGUCAAGAACGAGAAGUAUCUUAACAGAAAACAAUAGACGUAACGAAAGCUUGCCUCUUAUUUAUAUCACUCCCAACAAGUAUCUUAAGUAAUAUAUAAUACAUAAUUGUUUUUUAAUUCAAAUUUAAUUCGAUAUAGCAUAAUAAUAAACAUUGGGAAAUCAAUGUUAAAUUAUUAAGUCCAAUAUUUAAAGAAAAGGAAAAUACAAGUAAAAAAUCAUCAAAUCUUAAGUCAUUAUUUUUCAGUACUUCACUUCAUAAACAACGAGACACAUUCGCUUUCUGGAAUACUUUUUACGUAUAUUUAAAAUAAGCACGGAAAUCGCUUUACCAGGAAUACUUGUACAGAUACUCGCACAGAACAAAAACGGAAAGGACUUUGUUUUUAUAAAGAAAGAAUAAGUUUAAGUUUAAAACAAGAUAAUACCCAUCACCCAUACAGGAAGAGAAAGAACGAUAUAUAUACACAUUUAAAGGAGAAUUUUAUCAUUUUUGAAGUAUUAUGUAUUGGUUUAUCUUCUUAUCUCGGACUUAAACUGUAACAGUUAUUCUACUGUUUAUCGUAUUUGGAUAUUUGCUUAUUCCGACGAUUUUCUUUUACGUUCAGGGAUUCCCUGUUUCAUGUGAUACCAUAUAAUGCAACAAACAACUUUGUGGUGCAGUAUGUAGGAAUGCCGUAAUCUUCACCUGCGGAUACCAAAAAAAGCAACCCCCAACCUCCAAAAGGAUAUACAAACAUAUAUAUAUAUAUAUGUAUAGCACGUGUGUAUGUAUGAAUGCAUAUAUAUAUAUGUAUAUGUAUAAUACAUACCUAACAUAACAAGCGGUUUUUCUACUGCUGUAUCACCGCCGCCAGGGACACCACCAUUGGAUUAAGAGUUGAAGGGUGGUUGUUAUAUUGCAGACAAUGUGAAGGAAGGGGGAGACGUCUUACCAAGAAAAAUUAUUAAAAAAAAAAAACCGUUUGACUGACAAUAUUCAGUCAUGGUAAACUGGAAGAGCCAACUAGUCUUUGUACUCUUAAUUGUACUUCUUUUCCAAGUUUCAAGAUCUGAAAACGAAGGAGCUCCAGAGUUUCAGCGGAGACCAAACCGAGUCGAGGUGGAAUAUGUCGGGCAGCGAAUUCGUCUUCAGUGCCGAGUUAAGGGCAAACCAAGGCCGAUGCUGUCGUGGUACCGUAAUGGAAAAAGAGUUAAUGUUAGUCAACCCAGGUUGAGUAUCUUGCGGUAUGCUCUAGUCAUCGAGGACAGUACCAAGGCUGACAGUGGCAACUAUGCCUGCUACGCCCACAACCAACACGGCAAAAUAUGGGGCAAUUUCACCUUGCUCGUCAGAGAAAAAGAAAAUGCAACAUCAGAUGCAAUAUCAGAUGCAGAAUAUGUAAAGCAAAGAGGUCCACCACGAUGGUCAUCUAAAAAGGCCCCAAUCAGACUUGUGGCACGUCCACCAAGUUCUUGGGUCCAGUUGAAAUGUCCGGCUAUUGGGAACCCUAAGCCCAACAUAACGUGGUAUAAGUCUGGUAAACUUUUCAAAGAGGGCCAAAUGAAACAGGCAAGAAAAUGGACGCUAACGAUCAAGGAUGUUGUUCCAGAAGAUGCUGGGAAUUACACAUGCAUUGUGAGCAAUGAAGAGGGAUCAAUCCGCUGGACCUAUGAACUCAAGAUUGUUCAGCGGGUGCCACAUGCUCCCUUCAUUGAUGGACCAAAGAACCAAACGGUAACGUACGGGGAGACAGCCAAGUUUAUGUGUAAAGUGAUGAUAAGUGAUCUUCAUCCGCACCUGCAGUGGCUCAGGCAUUACGAAGUGAACGGCACCUACCAAACAGAAAAUGGGGAUCCGUUUGUCCGGGUCAUCAAGAACCGUAAGCAAUCCGGGCUGAAUAUCUCCAAUCCUGAGGUGCUUUAUCUUCCCAAUGUCACUUACGAGGAUAGUGGUUGGUAUACGUGUGUUGCAUCGAACUCCAUUGGUGUCACAUACCAGAGUGCCUGGCUUGCUGUUGUCGAGCCUCCAGACACUUCCAGCCAACCAAACCAGUUAGCCGUUUCUCAAGACACAUCAAAAUCUCACUUACACAUCUUGGUUGGUGUCAUUGUGACAUUUCUCUUCAUUCUAAUUUCCAUUUUAAUUAUCGUCUGUCUGAGACGUAAGCAGCAUCACGGAGGCACCGACUACAAGAAACGUGUCAUCGUUAUGAAACCUAAUGACUUAUAUUACCAGAAAAAUCCACAGAACGUCAUGCAGCCACUUGUGCCUCAAGUCCGAAUUGAAGGUCCCAGACGGCGCCUGUCUUCAGAGUUGACCACUAUGUCUGAAUAUGAGAUUCCUUUGGAUAAAAAUUGGGAAUUUUCUCCUGAUCGUUUAAUUAUGGGUAAACAGCUGGGAUCUGGGGCAUUUGGGGUUGUGAUCAAAGCUGAAGCUAUCGGCAUUGGAGGCUGUAAAGGAAGAGUUCCAGUCGCUGUGAAAAUGUUAAAAGAGGACGCUACAGAGAGAGAACUGGCUGACCUUGUGCAGGAGAUGGAGGUUAUGAAAGUUAUCGGGGCGCAUAAAAACAUUAUUAACCUGUUGGGCUGUUGCACACAGAACGGACCCUUAAUGGUUAUUGUUGUCUAUGCUCCCCAUGGUAACCUUAGAGAUUUUCUACGUGACCAUCGACCUCCUGUAAGGUCAGGAGACACCUAUGAACGACCCGUAGCUACCAGAUCUCUCACUCAAAAGGACCUCAUAUCAUUCAGCUAUCAAGUAGCAAGAGGAAUGGAAUAUUUAGUAUCAAAAAAUUGUAUUCACAGAGAUCUUGCUGCACGUAAUGUAUUAGUAGCAGAAAAUUAUGUAUUAAAGAUUGCAGAUUUUGGAUUGACACGGCAUCUUCAAAACAUUGAUUAUUACAAGAAAACUACAAAUGGUCGGCUGCCAGUGAAAUGGAUGGCACCAGAAGCUUUAUUUGACAAAAAAUAUACCACAAAAAGUGAUGUGUGGUCUUAUGGAAUCCUUCAGUGGGAAAUAUUCACAUUAGGAGGUAAUCCUUAUCCCUCAAUCCCAGUAGAAGAGCUGUUCAAGUUGCUGCGAGACGGCUACAGAAUGGAACAGCCACCAUAUUCUUCAGAUGAAAUGUAUAGUAUAAUGCAAAAAUGCUGGACACAAAAGCCGGAAGACCGGCCUACAUUUUCAACACUGGUGCAAGAGAUUGACAAGAUCCUCACGUCAUUACUAAACGAGAAAUAUCUUGAAAUAGAAAGUCCAACAAGUACAACGUCAGACAGUCAGUAUUCAUCUAUGUCACAUAGCAGCACUAGUAGUACCGAAGGUGUUUCACGUUCAGAAAGCUCGUGAUCAUUAUCAUAUAUGUGUGUGCGUGUGUAUGUAUAUAUAUAUAUGUAUGUGUGUGUGUGUAUCUAUAUAUAUGUAUAUAUUCACUCAUACAUAAACAUAACUACAUUGGCUGAACAAGCAAGCUUUGUUGAUCCAAUGUUUACUCUCAAACUUGUAUACUCCUGCUGUUACCACUAUUGUUGAUGCAAUGAGUUAUCACCAACUCUUCUUUUUCCUCUUCAUCCUACUCACUCAACUACACAAAUCAUCAUGACUACCACAAGGACCCAAUCUCUCCCGCACAGAUGCCAUUGGGACUACAAAGAUUCUUCUCCCUACCUUCCUCGGUGAUUUUUUUUUUUUUUUUGGUCUAUGUGAAGUGUCCACCUGGUGCCUUCUUCUCACCUGUUUGUGAAGUACUCACCUGUUGCCUUCCUUCUGACUCACCUCUGUUUGCUAGAGACAUCAGCCGUGGAAUACUCUGUGGUCAGCGAUGAUAUUUUCUCGACCAGGAAAGACUAGCAUGUAGUGAAAAGAAGAAGAUAAAAAAAAUAUGUGAUAUAAAUGGAUUAUGGAUUCUUUUAGUCUGGCAAUUUACAUUUUCGCCAAGACUUCCUUCCUGCAACUUAAAAAAGACCUCAUCAUGAAAAUAUUUUAUGCCUUACAUCAACCAAAAUACACAUACACUGUAAAAAAAACAUAAUAAGAAACAUUAAUACCAAAAUUUUCAAAAGUGUAAAAAAAAAAGCCCUUUGGGGAAACCGGAAAUAAACUAUAAGUUAUGACCAACUUUGAGAUAAUUUUGGAGAAAGUGCUGACGGUUCACAGAAUAUUCUUGUGCUUUUGAACUUGUAUUAUAGACAUUAUAAAGAAAAACGUAAUAAUAAUAUUAAUAAUGAUGAUGAAGCUGUUGAAAACGAGAUAAGAGAACUCUGGAAUUUUCAUUGAAGAAUAUUUUGUUUUCAUAAAAGAGACAAAAAUAAGAAAAAAAAACCUUUUCAUCUCUGUGAAACUCUUUGAAAAGGUUAUCAUUAUUAUCAUUAUUAUGGUCAUGUCAAUUAGGUAAUCUGCAUUUUUUUUCUAAUUAAACAAAAUCCCUGCAUGGUAAAUUAGAAACUUUGUAUGCAUGAGUGUAUGUAUGUGCCUGUGUGUAUGUUUGUAUAUAUGUAUAUAUAUAUAUAUACAUGCACACACACUUCGUAAAUGGAAGAAUAAUUGAACAAAUGAAAACUUGAAAUUAAAAUAUUAGAAUGAAAUGGUUUCAAGAAGGAAGUGGGUCAGGGGAGAAACUCCUGCCUACCAUUAUUCAGCUUUCUUCGUUUAACCUUUGUGUUAAUGGCAACAAAAACUGUUUUGAGGAGGACAUUAGUAAAAACCUUUUAUUUAUGAUUUAUUCUUAGAAACACUAGAAAGCCCUCCUAUCUUUUUUUUUUUUUUUUUAACAUUGUCAAGUCUUUCUUUUUUGACUUUCCCUACUGAGGUAAAAAAAAAAA